AUGGCUUUUAAAGACACCGGGAAGACAUCCGUGGAACCAGAGGUGGUGAGUCACCGGAUUAGAAUUACUCUUAGCAGCCGCAAUGUAAAAUCUUUAGAGAAGGUAUGUGCUGGCUUGAUCAGAGGCACAAAGGAAAAGAAUCUCAAAGUGAAAGGACAAGUUUGGAUGCCUACCAAGACUCUGAGAAUCACUACAAGAAAAACUCCUUGUGGUGAAGAUUCUAAGACUUGGGAUCAUUUUCAAAUGAGGAUCCACAGGCGUCUCAUUGAUCGGCACCGUCCUUCUGAGAUUGUUAAGCGGAUUGCUUCCAUCAGUAUUGAGCAAGGAGUUGAGGUUGAAGUCACCAUUGCAGAUGCUUAA